AAGAGAUAAAUGAGGGUAUGGCUACGUCGGUUCUCCACGAGGGGAAGACGUGGAUAUGAAUGGUGGCGCAGAGCAUAACAGAUCUUUCAACUUUAGACCUUAAACUUUCCUCUUCCGAAAAUCGAUCCUAUUAUCCUUCUUCCAAAAACCCUAACCAGAUUCUUUACCUCGUCACUCUCCUUGUCUCUCCCAACCCAUUACUCCCAUGAGCUAUCACAUGAAUAAUGAAGAUACACACAGAGGUUUGAAAAGAAAGUUGCCACAGAUGAAUCGAGGGCAAGAUCAGGGAUCUUUCAAUAUGAAUUCUAGACCUUAUGAUAGGAACAUGAUUCCCCCUGGUUGGUUAGACUGCCCAGCGCAUGGGCAAGAACUUGGAUGCAUAAUCCCUUCUAAGGUUCCACUUGGUGAAUCCUUCAAUGAUCACAUUCCAAGUCAAAGAUAUACUCCCCAGCAAGCGAUUCAUCAGCAAAGAAUCUUAGGUAGAGAACUUGGUUUAGUGAUUGAUCUGACAAAUACUACUCGUUACUAUCCAAUAUCAGAUUGGACAAAAGAAGGGAUUGGGCAUGUCAAGAUAAGAUGCAAAGGAAGAGAUGCUGUACCUGAUGAUGAAUCUGUAAAAAAAUUUUGUGAUGAGGUUUUGGAUUUUUGCUCCCAAAUAACAAACACAAAGAAAUAUAUACUUGUACAUUGCACCCAUGGGCAUAAUCGUACAGGCUACAUGAUUGUUCACUUUCUUGUGCGUACGGAAUCUAUUUCUGUCACUGAGGCAAUAAAUAAAUUUGCUUGGGCACGUCGCCCUGGAAUUUACAAGCAGGACUACAUUGAUGCCCUAUACAUGUUUUAUCGUGAAAAGAAGCCUGAAGAUCUUGUUUGUCCUCAAACUCCUGAAUGGAAGAGACUCUCUGAUCCUGAUUUUCAUGGUGUGGCUGUCCCAGCUGUAGACAAUUAUGGACACAUUCCUGAAGAGGAGAAUAUUGUGAGGAAUGAAGUAUUGACAAACGAUGAUGUUUUGGGAGAUCCAAUUCCUUCAAACCAGCUGCGAGCAAUGCAAGAAUUUUGUUAUCAACUGCUCAAGUUGGGCACUGUGGGAAGAGGACGUUCGCAGUUUCCUGGAUCACACCCUGUUUCUCUGAACAGGGAAAAUCUGCAACUCUUAAGACAACGAUAUUACUAUGCAACAUGGAAAGCUGAUGGGACACGAUACAUGAUGAUGAUUACUUGGGAUGGAUGUUAUCUCAUUGACAGAAAAUUUCUUUUCCGAAGGAUCAAUAUGCGGUUCCCUUGCAGAUACUCAAAUGGGGGUACACCUGAGAGGAAUCACCACUACACAUUACUUGAUGGAGAGAUGAUUAUUGACACAGAUCCACUUACACAGAAGCAAGAGAGGAGAUACCUCAUUUAUGAUUUGGUCGCAAUCAAUCAAGUCUCUUUGACAGAGCUGCCAUUCUAUGAAAGGUGGAAAUUGCUGGAGAAAGAAGUAAUUGAACCUCGUAACAUGGAACGUGAAGGCCUUUCAAAGAGUAUAAGUCCUUAUUAUCGAUAUGACUUGGAACCAUUUAGCGUAAGGAGGAAGGGGUUUUGGUUACUAUCUACUGUGUCAAAGCUCCUUCAUAAAUUCAUUCCACAACUCUCACAUUCAGCAGAUGGUCUUGUAUUCCAGGGUUGGGAUGAUCCGUAUGUCCCUCGCACACAUGAAGGCCUUCUGAAGUGGAAAUACCCUGAGAUGAACUCUGUUGAUUUCCUGUGUGAGGUGGGAGCAGUUGAUCAUCCCUUGCUUUUUCUGUUUGAACGGGGAAAGAAGAAGUUAAUGGAAGAGAAUGUUAUUUUUAAAGAUGCAUCAGAUAUUUCCUCCUAUUCAGGAAAGAUCAUUGAGUGCUACUGGGAUUCUGGGGAACGUCAUUGGGUCUGUAUGCGGAUCAGAAUAGACAAAGCAACUCCAAACGAUAUCAAUACCUAUAGAAAGGUAAUGCGAAGCAUAAAGGAUAACAUCACAGAAGAUGUCCUGUUGAAUGAGAUCAAUGAGAUCAUUCGCCUACCGUUGUAUGCAGACAGAAUACAAAGGGAUAUCAAGGCUCACCAGCAUAUGGUCUCUUCAAGGCGCAAGUGAGUUUUAAUAAAAGCUAAGCAUGUUGAAUGUGGUUAACGUUAAUUGAAGAGUAAGACAGAGACUUCUUAAUGAAGAGCUAGAAGAAGAGCUUUUGUAUUUGUGCGACGCCAUUGUCAGCCUCAUACCUCCCACACAUACCUUAGGAUAGAGGUUUAGGUUCUAUGAUUUUAUUUGGUUAACAAGAUUUUGGUCGCAUGUGUAUAUUAGCAAUUUUGCCUAUUAUUUCCUUACAGCUUGGAAAAAGCUUAAUACAAACGGUUUUGAUAGGAUACAGUAAUUAAAGAUUUCACGAGUUUAUACUAUUUAUUUUUUCAAUAAAGUUUCAUUUAUUAAAAUUGAUACACGCUCUUGGACAG